AUGCCAAAGAUGAGUGUCCAGCAAAGGGCCAACAUUAUGUAUAAAUGCCUCGAAAUCAGCGAGAUCUUGGAGGUCAUCAUAGACCACGUCUUUAUGAGUAGUGAGGGGAUGGAGGGAAUGCGAGCUGUCGUUGCCCUUGCUCUCACGUGUCGUGAUUUCCUCGACCCCGCUCUGAAUCGUUUAUGGCAUUCGCAAGAGUCUUUGGACCCACUUAUCCGCACGCUACCUCCUACCGCAUGGGCAUUCUAUGGCAAAAGCGUCGUGACGAUCGUGCGCCCUCUUCUUCCAGACGAUUGGACCAGAUUCCGUCAAUACGCAUCCCGCAUCAAGGUCUUUGGGUGCGACCCGCGUCACCCUGAUGGAUCGUUGCACUCAUAUGCAGCCUUAAACUACACACUACUGGAGGCGUUUGUGGCUCAGCAUCCUGGCUUGCCCCUCCUACCCUCUCUGCGGCAUCUUCAUUGGUCCUCUGGUAAAAUGGACCCGAAGACGCUGCCUUACGUCCCUCUUAUCGCCGCACCGACUCUGAACACAGUCUCGCUGGACUUCACACACCACUUGCGCCGUGAUGACGCGCGAGCCUUCACAACAGCUCUCAUUCGUUCUAUCCGACUGCACUGCCCUGACCUCACGCGCUUCUUGGUCAACGAACUACAACCGCACACGCGUCCAGUGAUAGGAACAGCUCUUCGCCGAUGGCUGGCACAGAAGAGGCAGUACGUUCCCAGUCUCGCCUUCCGGGACAUCAUGAAUCUGGCAGGUAUGCGUUUCCUGCGCGAAGCCCAGCUUUUCCUCGAUGACACGGACGUGGGGGCUGUACACGACGCUACCGCUCUCACAUUCUCCUCUCUGCGGGUUCUUGAGCUGCAUGCACGUACACUAGGCGUAUGUCUCGCGCUGCUCAAGACCGCACGCUCCUGCGAGCUGGAGGUGCUCUCAAUUUACGUCAGCGAGCGUCCAGUCGCGGACCUCAUCUUCAGCCUCCUCUCAGAACUCCACACCGUCUGCGAUCCCGCCUCCUUACACAACGUCACACUUCUCGACACCGCCAACGACGACUAUAUCCCAUAUCGCAGCUGGAACGCGGACAUGCCAAGCAGAUACAGAGCCUUCGUGGUCGACGCACACACCCUCGCGCCCCUUGCCGCGUUCACUCAGCUGCGCACGCUCGUCGUCGAGUUCAGCGCCAUCUACGAUAUGCAGGAGGCGUCGCUCACACGGAUGUUGUCCGCGCGGCCACAGCUGGAGGUGUUCAGUCUCGGCGCCAUGCACGGCUGGCACGCCGCCUCCACCCUUACCCUCUCGAGUCUCGCGCGAAUGCUCACGCUUUGUCCACAGCUACGCGCGUGCGGGCUCGCUCUCGACUGCUCUUGUGUUGAGCUAGACGUGGCCGCGUGCCGCGCGGGCGCGCUGCGGCCUAACCACUUGGUGGCGACUCUCUGCCUCGCGGAUCGCAAGGGCGCGGACGAACUGCUGCUCGCAGAAUGCGUGCAGUACUUGUUUCCCAACUUAAGGUGUUUUGAGUAAAUGGGACGGCAAUCUGCGGCUGGGGGGGAUUAGGCAGAGGCUAAUGUGCAUGCAGGGUCCUGACCGAUGGGAUGUACACGGCUGUCGAGGAUGGGUAUUGUG